CGAUAUGCCGUAGAAUCCGAGCAUUGCCGUUAUCCAAGCUCUAUCUACCCCGACCUCGAGCUCAGAGAUUUCGACUCCGGCUUCGUCCAUGUGCGCUGUCCCAUGACUCAGGAAAGCUUUAAUCUGCAUGGGCAUGCUGACUCUCUCGUCAUCGCGGUCGAUGGUGCUUGCCCGCACAAUGGGCAUGGGGCAACGGCGUCAGGGAUUGGAGUCUACUUUGGCCCGGGAAACGGGAACAACUUGAGCGCACGAAUCCCGGAUGAACUUGCUGGCUUUGCGGGACACACAAACAACCGAGCCGAGAUAUAUGCCGCCAUCGUUGCCCUCAAGAUUGCACGAGAUUUGUGCGAUUCUCAAGGGGCCAAGGCGAAAUACAAAUCCAUUGUUAUCAAAUCGGACUCUGCGUAUGUCGUUGAGUCCGUUGGUGGAGGAAGGAACGGAGAGCAGGCACACAUAUUGAAGUGGAUUUCGAACGGCUUUCUGUCGGUCAAAAACAAACCAGUGAAGAACCUGAUGCUUUGGUCAGAGCUAGGCCAUGAACUUGUCUGCCUUCGCAAGAUGGGAGUCUCCGUUCAGUUUUGGCAUGUGCCUCGACAUCUGAACCGGGAUGCGGACAAGCUCGCAAACGAUGCAUUGCGCGAGGAUUGCUGGCUGAAUCUAGAGUUGGUCGAGAGGAACGAUCGCAAUAUCUCUGUGGCGUCACAGUAUUGGUGGGGGUUGCAUGAAGCCCACGCUCUUUCAAAAGAGAUGGCGUUGCUUCUAUUAACAGACAUGAUGGAGGUUGUAAAGAGAGUCUUUGCGAGGAAUGAAGAACUCACUAAAAUUUUGCCUAAUCUCUACCAUAGCUGA